CAGAAGACACUCCGCCGCUGUCAGCUGUCAUCGCUAGCAAGUCGCUGGUCUCCCAUCUACCCUGAGCUGAGGUCGCGGUUGCCCUGCGUUUAUGCUUCACUCAGUGUACUGCCCGGACCUCCGCUUGACUUUCUCGCAAGCAAUUUGCUGAAGUGAUUUUGUUUUGUGCUAUGUUUGCGACCUUCUGUGGAUAGCGAUCACAGUUUACGUGUCCACGCAUGGAGGAUCUGAAGUGCCGCCACCGCGCUGCGCCCCCAGCCCCGCCCCGCCCACUGUUGAGGCUGGGCCCCACACCGAGUCGGCGGUUCCGACGGGACCUGCAAGAAUGGAUGACAUGUUCUCUAGUGAAGGGGCAGCCGACGAGGACUCGGCACAUAAACACUUGGCAUUGAAUGCCCCCGCCCCCGCUUUCGCCCGCACGCUUGCCCCCCUCCCAGUGACCGCCCCAGUGGCCCCAGUGGCCUCAGUGACCGCCCCCGACGCAGUCCGUGCCGGCGCAGGCCUGCAGCCGCCCCCGCAUCCGCCCGGCAGGGCGGGCCGCCUCCACGUGCAGUUCGAGAAGCAGGAGGAAGAGAAAAAUAUCCACUCUUGGGAAGGUGGAACAAAUAAGGAUGACGGUGGUCAACCAUGCGGAAGGAACCAGUAUUCGCAACACCAUGACCAGUGUGCCAGCCCAAGUGUGUCAAUCACCUCGCGCUCCAGUGAUACCAGUGGAAAUGAAGGAGGCAACAGCAACAGCAGUUCAACCAGCAGUAGUUCAAGCAGUAGUAGUAGUAGCAGUUCCUCUUCUGAUGAUGAUUCUUCUUUAGAAAAAUUUUCCGAACCAAGUCGCCCAGAUGGUGGCUGGGGUUGGGUGGUUGUUGCGGCCUCUUUUAUGGUUAAUUUAAUCGCUGAUGGGAUAACUUUUUCUUUUGGGGUUCUUUAUGUUGAAUUUCUCAAUUAUUUUAAUGAGGGAAAAGCAUACACAUCAUGGAUUGGAUCUCUCUUCAUGGCAAUGCCACUCUUGUCCGGGCCAGUUGCAAGUUUUUUAACAGACAGGUAUGGGUGUCGUCGCGUCACAAUUGCUGGCGCCCUUCUAGCAUCGGCAGGCUUUGUUGCAUCGUCUUUUACAAAUUCUUUGGAGAUGUUGUUCCUUACUUUUGGUGUUAUUGCUGGAUUCGGCCUAUCUUUAUGCUAUGUGGCAGCAGUUGUUAUUGUUGCAUAUUACUUUGACAGCAAGCGUUCUUUGGCUACUGGUCUGUCAGUUUGUGGCUCAGGCAUUGGCACUUUUGUGUUUGCACCUUUAACUCAAAAGCUUUUAAAAGAAUAUGGAUGGAGAGGGACAGUGCUUAUUCUAGCUGGGCUUCUUUUAAAUCUUUGUGUUUGUGGAGCACUAAUGAGAGAUUUAGAAUGGACAACUCGGUCUCGUGCCGAGCGCGCUAAGAAAGCUAAAUUGGAAAGAGGUGCUCGGAGACACAGGAGAAAGUUACACCAUGCUGGAAGCUCAAUUAAAUCUGGUCGCACCAAUGGGUCUAGUGCUGACACAAUGUCCAAUGGCAUAUCACCUUACAUUUGUGAUGUUGAACAGCUACGCAAGCUCUUAAAGACACCAGGUACAGCAGCAUUCCAAUAUGGGGAUGGAAAUGCAGUAAAUGUUGAUCCGGCGUCUCGGAUGUGCAGUUCACUUGUUAAUUUGCCUACUUUUGUGAGAAAUAAAGAGAAAGUACCUAUUGAAGUUUUAGAAUUACUAAGCACAAAUAGUCAAAUUUACAAAAUUUUGCAACACAACUACCCUAACUUGCUGGCAUCUCGUAGUUUUAGUGACUCUGGACGCCUAAACGAUUCUCAACAUCAAGUGAUUGAAAUUCAUCCAGUUGAAAGGGUUUAUCGUGCUAUUUUAGAACCCCCUGAUGAAAAUCAAGAAAUCAUCAAAGAUAUUGCGCGUGAUUUAGAGGAUGAAAACAAGGCUGAUUGUAUAACACAGCUUCUUAAUAAUUUUGAUGAUACACAGGAGACAGAUACGUUAAAUGUUGAAAAUACUAAAGAAGAGGCUGAAGAAAAUUGCUCAGACAAACUUGAGACCAAAUCUGUUCAUUUAGAACCAAAUUUAGAAUACAUAAAGAAGAAUGGACUUAAAAUUGAAAACAUAAAUUGUCCUGUAGCAAGCUGCAAUGGAGUUCAAUCAAUAACUGAAGAUAAUGUACUGAAUGCUAACAUACCUGAGCUGACAACAAAAGCUGUUUUGAAUAAUAAUGUUGAUUUGGUGUUUGAAAAAAAUAUUCCUAAUGGCAUUGGUAAUGGACUAGCCCAUCGGUCUUCUUUACCUGUGGAUAGCGAAAAUCAACAAGUUCGUAAACUACCAACAUCAUAUUUACGAGACUUACGAGUACACAGACAUUCCUUAACAUACCGAGGAGCAAUGCUGAACAUAAACCGAUAUCGUCUUCGUGCCUCUUCUUGUCCCGACAUUUACCGAAAUUCGAUGACGACUAUUGCCAAGGAAAAGGAUGAGUGGUAUGCUGGUUUGUGGGAAUUAUGGUAUGUCUUAGCUGACAUGCUUGACUUCUCACAUUUUUUGGAUAUGCGUUUUUCUCUCUUUGCCCUAUCAAAUUUUUUACUGUAUGCAUGGUAUGAUGUUCCUUACGUGUACCUGAUGGACAAUGCCAUUCAAUUUGAUUACACAGAAGAAGAUGCAUCAUUCCUAUUCAGUGUGAUUGGAAUUAUGAACAUGAUUGGAGAAAUUGUUCUGGGCUGGAUGGGUGACAGACCUUGGGCAAACCCAGGACUUGUCUAUGCAGGUUGCAUGGGAGGUUGUGGCUUGGUUGUAGCCCUCAUUCCCUCCUUGACUGUUUAUAGCUAUAGAUUGUUGAGUGUUGUUUCUGGUGGAUUUGGACUUUUAAUAGCUGCUAACUAUUCUCUCACAUCAAUCAUUCUUGUUGAACUUAUUUCCAUUGAACGAUUUACCAAUGCAUAUGGUCUUCUCCUCCUUGUUCAAGGCAUAGCAAACCUUGUUGGUCCUCCAAUGGCUGGUUAUUUUUAUGAUUUAAGUGGAAAGUAUGACCUCUCAUUCUACUUGGCAGGAUUAUUUAUUGCUAUUUCCGGCCUUCUACUUUUAGUUUUACCUGCAUUAGAGAUAUAUCGUAGUUUGAAACAAAAAUGGUAUUUACAAAAGAACACAUCUACUUUUAUAACACCAACCAUAAAUGAUGGUAGCAGUUCAUCUGUUCUCAGGAAAAUCUUUGUAUGCUGUACACGCUCUGGAAAGCCAAAACCUGCCACAAAUUUACGAGCUGUCUAAGUAAUCAAAUUCUCAGGAGAGAUAGAAGAUCUCCAUUUUAAAUUAUUAUUAAUGUUAUAUAUUUGUAUAGAACACGUGAGAUUUUCUUCAAGCAGAUUUUUUAUACUAGUAAAUUUACUAUUUCUCACAUUAGAACAAGUGGAAGCUUCCAUUAUGUGUUAAAUGUUGUUUUGUGAUAAUUUAUGAUGUGUUCAAGACAUGAGUGAGUGUACCCUUCAAUUCCUAUUCAAAUUGAUUUCUCUCUGUCUUUGACAUUUUGUCAGUUUUUACACCAAAGAACGAUUUAGUUAGUUGAUACAAAGUUGUUACGUAAUGUUUAUAUAGUACAUAGCAGAAAAGGUACAGUUGUUCUGAUGAGUGGUUUAUUAGAAUGUAAAAUCAGAUGCUCUGGUGCAUUAGUUUCAGAGGUUUUACAAGCAUAUUGCCAAAUAUGCUGUGUGUUUUGGCCUAAGAAUCAAACAAUGCACAUGACCAUUAUCUGUCGGGUGAUUGAACUGAUUGUAGAUUAGGUUUGCUGGGGAUUUGGAUGUUGACAACCAACUAGUGAAGUAUUUCCAUCGGGGAUCAAAGUUAAAACAAUAGUGACCCUAUGUAUUAUUCCAUUCGUUUUCUUAUUAAUAAUUCCCUGUCAACACCAAUGAUGUGAGAUUUUAAUGCAAGGUUUACAACAUUAUUUGAAGAUUGCAAUUUCUCUUUGAUAUUUGGUACUUAGUUUAAUAAGCCAAGGAAUGCAUAAGUAGUAAUUUCAGUUUAUUUGAUAAGUAGAUAGUGAAAUUGAAAUGGACUGCUGGUUCUUCUGUACCUUUAAUUUUAAGCAAUAUGUGAAUCAUCAUGGUAACACCCUUCGUUAUUUGUAGUGCAGUAUUAGUGUACCAAAUCCCCUCUCCUUGGCAUUUUUAAUUUAAUGAACUUCUAAUCGCCAUUUGGGGUUUGAACAUACUUUAGUAGUACGUAUAUAAUAUAUAUAUAUCAAUACUGUGAUAGUAAUUUCCCUAGUCAUUGCUCCUUUCCUCGUGAUUGCUUUGACUAGGUAAUUUCAUAAGUAAUUUUGAUCUUAUCUUUCCUGUGUAUCUUUGAUAACCCUUUGCCUCUUUUCAUAGAUGUCGAUGUCUCAACAAUCAGAUCUUGAUAACUUCUAUGUGUAAUUUGUUUCAUUUGUGUCCUCAUGGAUGAUUAGCGCAAGAUUUCGGAUUUAGUCUCUUUACAACCACUCUCUAAAGCAGUAAUUAGAUGUUCUGAAGCUUUUUGAUUUCCUUUUUGUCAAGUAGAUUUGUAUGAUUCUGGACCAAUGCCAUCAAGAACUGAAAUGUGUAUGUUACAGUGAGCACCAUUGUAAUUGGUUUAUGCUUUGGGUCCCUUUUUUUAUUGAUCCUCUACGUUGAAGAAAUACUCAUGUUGGGGAUUUACUGAUUCUCACUUAGUGCCUUUAUGCUAUGUAGACAACUAAAUCUUGUCGGAUUAUGCAAUCAUAUAAAUCUACUUUUACAGUCAAAUUGUUUUCUACAUUGCAAUAAUCUUGCUCCAAACUGGACUAGGCUGUGUGUGGCAGUACAAAGUGGGAAGUUUAUAAAAAAUUAGAGUUUACCACUCAAUCACAUGAGGUGCGCUUCCUCAUUCUUUUGUCUUUGUCUUCCUCUAUAUUUCUUCCACAUAGGUGCAAUAUAUUUCUUUUCCCUUUGUUAAUUAACUUGUGUAAUCUUAAAUUUGUAGCCAAUUUUAACAAGUUUUUAAAAGGUUUCAUCCCCUAGUCAUGUUUUUCAGUUCUUUAUGGGGUAACUUCACAUGAAAAUUACCUCUUGUAAAUCUAAGGCAAACAAAAGGUAUUUUCUGUGAAAAAUCUUGUUUUGUGUUUUUUUGUUAAGUAACAAAUCUUUAAAUGUUCAAAUCAAUCCAUUAGCUUUGAUCUCAAAAGUAAUGUGUAAAUAUGGUUUCUGUAUUAUGGAAAUAUGACCUUUGCCCUAGUGCAGUCAAUAAAGGUAUUGUUUGUCCUGGCCAGAGUGUGUAAAUGUUCCACAUAAUGCAUCACUUGUAAAUGCUUUUAAAAUGACAGGGUGCAAUACAGUUUUAACCCAAUGAAUAGGAUGAUAGGUAGCAGUAUGUGUUAUCAUGGCAAUAAUCUGCCAUUAGGUGUCAUUUUAAUUCCCAUGUAUACUUUUAUCUUGAAAUCAUGCAAUAUGUAGCGGAGAGAUGUGCUGAGCUGAGUGCCAGACUAAGGGGUAUACUAACUUUGAAAAGUUGUAAAGGUGUACACUUCCACAAAAGUCUCAAAAAAAAUUAAAUUAAAAGUUAAAAAGUAACAAUAUAUGGAACUAGAUCAUUAAGGGUGAAAAGCAGCCAAAACUCCAAUUCAGGUAAUUGAAAUAGAGGCAUACUAUUACUUAAUGAUCGCAUACAUUAGUAAUUUCUAUCUAAUAAUUUCAUCAUUUUAUUUCAUAGCCAUAAGCUGUGUAUGAACAGUACCAAGAAAGUUCAUUCCAUUCUAAAAGUAACCCCCCCCCCCCCAAAAAAAAAAAAAAAAACUGUCAAAAUUGAGUUAUUAUUGGCAUACAUGAAUAAAAUUAGAUUUGACUUUGACUGAAGUCGGUGUACACCCCCAAUCUGAAGUGAGAAACCCCUUGGUGCCAGACCAAGAUGAGAACUGACUGACUGUAAGGGUAUUGGUAUUGGCUGUCUGUAAGGAAGAAAUGUUUUGUUAUUGAAAUUAAAAAUAUAUUUGUAUCUAAUGCUGUUUUAGGUUUCAUAAAUUUUAGACUUUGGAAUUUGUUUCUUUCCCAAUGCAUCUGUUAUUAAAACAAAUUGGGUGUUCCACCUCAUUUAUAUUUGAGACUGGAAUUUCCCUGUAAACUAAGCUCUAGGUUUUUCAAAUUGAAAUAUAGGACUAAACCAAUGAA